AGAGAGAGAGAGAGAGACUGACUGAAAGUAACGCUUUCAUUUUCAAAGUCUGGGUUUGAUUUAGGGUUUUAGACACACACCGAGAGAGAGAGAGAGAGAGAGAGAGAGAGAGCCCUCCCUUGCCAAAUUCAAAAACACAGUGUAAAGAAGAAGAAGGAGAUGGCGACAGUUUCGAGGGUUAUUGGAGCUUGCAGGGUACUGAUGGCGAAGGCGGCUUCUUCCUCCGGGGUUGUUGAAAGCAGUCGUAAACAAAUUACUGGCAUUCAGAAGGCUGUUCCCAUUUCGCAGCCGCUCGCUCUGUUUAUCGGAGAAAACGAAGUCUCCCGUACAACCGCCGUCAAGAAAAUCUGGGAGUACAUCAAGCUUAAUAAUCUUCAGAAUCCUGAGAACAAGAGGGAGAUUCUAUGCGAUGAGAAACUGAAGACCAUCUUCAGUGGGAAAGACACCGUCGGGUUCCUUGAGAUUGCCAAGCAAUUGUCUCAACAUUUUCCCAAGUCUCGUUGAUUUCUCUCUCUUUUAUUGUCAUUUAUCCUUAUUAUAAGACUGUUUAGCUUCCUCUAUUCCUAUUAUCAUCCAAGAAACGGUUCUCCUUCUUUUUUUUGUUGGUGAUCUUUAUUGGUAGACUACCGACCAGUUUCCAUCUCUCUGAGACAUUUAUGUAUCCGAUUGAUGAUGAUCCAAGGUCAGUUUAGUUUAUGGUUUGCGUC